UGAGGGGAGUAAAGCAUGGGAAUUUUUUUUAACUGGUCUUGCCUAAAUCAUGCACUAUUGGGAAGUAAGAAGACUUUGAUUAACAUAACAACAUUUUUAUUUUUAAUAUACAUUUUAGAAGACAAAACUGACCUUGAAAACAGUGUGAUCCAGAAGAAAAUUAAAAUCCCCAAACUCUCUCUCAAUCACAUAGAAGAAGCUGGGGAGGUUACAGAUUAUGGGGAAGAAGAUGUGGAGCUUAGACACAGUAAGAGACAAGACGGAAGGAAACAAAGUGAAGGUACACACAAAAGCAUUGAAGCAGUUGUUGCUCGUCUAGAAAAGCAAAAUGGGAUGAGUCUCAGUAGUAAUUCCAGCCCUGAGGAAACCUUUAUGGAGACUUCGGAAGGCAUUAACAACAUGGACGAUGCUGUGGUUCCUCGGGUUCUUUAUGAAGAAUUGCUGAGGAAUUACCAACAGCAACAAGAAGAAAUGAGACAUAUUCAGCAAGAACUUGAGAGAACUCGGAGACAGCUUGUGCAACAGGCAAAAAAGCUAAAGGAAUAUGGGGCAUUAGUGUCAGAAAUGAAAGAGCUCAGAGACUUGAACAGGAGACUUCAGGAUGUGCUGCUUCUGAGAUUAGGCAGUGGUCCUGCCAUUGAGCUUGAAAAAGGAAAACCAGAAUCAAUUGAGCCUGAGCCUGAGAUACAGAAAACAUUCAGUGAGGAAGCAAAUACAUCAACAUACUAUCCUGCCCCCGUUCCAGUAAUGGACAAGUAUAUUCUUGAGAACGGAAAGGUCCAUCUUGGCAGUGGAAUCUGGGUAGAUGAAGAGAAAUGGCACCAGCUGCAAGUAACACAAGGAGAUUCAAAGUAUACAAAAAACCUAGCGGUAAUGAUUUGGGGAACAGAUGUUCUCAAGAACAGAAGCGUCACAGGAGUUGCAACCAAAAAAAAGAAAGAUGCAGUUCCCAAGCCACCUCUCUCACCUCACAAAUUAAGCAUUGUCAGAGAAUGUUUGUAUGACAGAAUAGCACAAGAAACUGGGGAUGAAACUGAAAUUGCACAGAGACUCUCCAAAGUCAACAAGUACAUCUGUGAAAAAAUCAUGGAUAUCAAUAAAUCAUGUAAAAAUGAAGAAAGGAGGGAAGCAAAGUACAAUUUGCAAUAAAUUUUGGAUUUUUAAUAAAGUCUUAGUGUUUUACUUA